UUAAACCUAUUCCUAGUGCUUUAAACUUAGAUAGAAAUCAGAUACCAAAAGCUCUUUCUUAUUCACUCAAAGAAAAAACUGUUUCUCAAGAACAAUAAUAGAGAUUACAAGCCAGUGAUUAGCACAAAACCCUAACACUUGUAAUUGCUUAAUCUCUUGCCAAUCUCUCUCUCUCGUAUGCUCUUUCUAGUUCGGAUGAUUCUUAAGCCAUGACACCACCUCCUUUAUAUAUAUAACAUGAUCACCGACUUUACUCUUCUUAUUCCAUAUUGGCUUUUGUAAAGUAUAUGACCGUCAUCAAUAGAAACGGAAACGUUAACGUCUUUUCCUUAUUUGAACUUGUGCAGGAUUCUUGUUGGGCCAGAGCUUAAAAUUGAGGCCCAAUUACUACAAACUCCACCUGGCCUAAUUUUGACUCUCUUGUCUUCCUCGUGAUCGACAAAGAACAAAACCAGAGCAGCCCCCCUUUUUUUUUUUUUUUUUUUUUUCAUCGCUUUCUAGAGAAAACGAUCUGAUCCAGUGAAUCACUGCUCUUUGCUUCGUCGAGUUUCUUUGCCGGUAAAUCAUUGCUCCUCGUCCUCUCUCCGACAUAUCCACAUGCCGACUCAAAGCUUUCAUGUCUUUCCUCUGCAACUCGAAUUGGAUCCAGUAACACUUUCGCUGAGUUACUUCGACGAUGCAUAGCCAUGAGUAUCCUAUGCUCAUUUUCCUUGCCUUUGAUGCGUCGCAAAAAAUAAGCCAGAAUGGCUAUUCUUUCUUAUCUCCUUUUCACCGUCGACAACUCAUGUAACUCGUACGCCGCUACUCUGUCUCCAACCUUUCUCGCCUUGAUUCCAGAGAUCAAUUCAACUACCCAAAUCUCCAGCUCGUUUUUCUGCAAUCUCCGACCUUACCUCCAAAGCUUCUUCACUGUUGUCGAUCCAUGGCUCAACCUUGUCGGAUUACUGCAGCACUCUGUGAGAUGUGAUUCUUCAACCGGCAUAUUUCUUUCAUGUGUUUCCCGUUAUACGUUUCUCCUGCUUGCUCAAACUUCGUCCUUCAGCUUCUCGGUACUCGUCUCCCUUCAGCCUUUCUUACUGUUUAAGACGUUCUCUCAGGUGACCCUUUAGAGACUCCGCCGUUACUCCGACGAACGCAUGAACCCGUUUCCCUUCAACUUCCUUGUAAAGUUAUCCACUUCUCUUUACAUGUUUUAAGUUGACGCUUGUGAUGUUAAACUCAUCCAGUGAUCUUGUUGUGCUUUCUUUUUUAAUUGAGAUACUCGUCUCCCUUCAGCUCUCCUCGGUUUGCUCUCCACCGCAGUAGCUGUUUAAGACGUUCUCUCAUGUUCCUCAUCCGUUGCUUCAGAGCCUUUGAGUGAUUUUUCCUUGUGUUUUAGCUGCUCCACCUUGAGCUGAAACCUCUGCCUCGCAUCUAUGCUCACAGGUAACUUUCUUUAAACUCCACCUCCUUGAGUUUUCCCAUUAUCAAUAUAAACCCGAAACUGACUCGUUUCUCCUCCUCUGUCUCUGCGAGCUUUGAGACAGCGUUGAUAACGGAGUUACCUGGAGCGACUAUAUUUCUUAGUCUGAAUUGCAGCGAUCCUGAACCUCAUGUCCAGGAUUCUUGUUGGGCCAGAGCUUAAAAUUGAGGCCCAAUUACUACAAACAUGAUGUAAGGAGUACCGCCAAAUAUAGAUUCCAUAGCGCAACUCAGGUGAUGCAGUUAUGCGUUAAUCCUCAUACGACACUUAGAAUUGUCGACUAUAUAAUCAUAUAUUAUAUUUUUCAUAAUUGUAAUACCAUAAUUAUCAUGCGUUAAAAAAACAAAAAACUAUAUUUUACCAACUAACUAU